AUGCCAAGAGAAGUUGUCCCCGAGUACUACACAGAAGCCCGCGCAUUCGACCCCCCGUUCUUGCAUGCAGGCGAGCAUCCAGUAUGCCCUGGUGUCCGAGGUCCUCAAGUGGUUCGUCUUGGCCUCCGUCCUGGCUCUCGGAUACGCCGAGGGUCGGCCCAGGAAGGGCCGCUCCUUCACCAAGACUCCUUGCUGGACGCUCCUCGACAUCGGGAACGUGAUCCUAGUGCUGGCAGCGGCCGCGCUUGCUGCCUUCAAGGGCUACAUCCUGACCUGGAUGCACUGGUCCCAUCCACACGACGACGUGCACAUUCUACGAGAGGGACUGGCCAGCAUCUCAGUCGCCGUGUCGCUCGUGAUUAUAGCAGUCAUUACGAUUUUACGAAUCGAGUUGGUGCUCGGGCCUUCUGGCUUCAUCUGCUCCCUGCUUGGCCUCCUGGUGACUGCGACAUUCACGGAUGUGUUCCAGCUUGCAAGGCUGCUCUGGAACGCGAAGCAAGAAAUACUGCCUUCGGAUUUGAAGAUCCAGGACAGCCUGGUGGUGGCAACCACGGUCCUGGCCGUGGUCGUGUUUGCAAACUUCCUCGGGUCGGGAAUCUGCGACGCUGUCUUUUGGAGGUCCUCCUCGUCCAGCCGAAAGGCCAAGGAACAACUUGACGAAGACGACUUCUCCGUCUUCGGGAAGACGUUUUGUGUGGCUUUGUAUCCGCUUCUGAAGGCAGCGAUGAAGCCGUCGACGAAAAUGGAUGACGUCUUACCUGCUCUGCGGAGAAGCUUGUGCUGCAGGGACCUCGUGAAGAAGCUGUACGACAUUCUCAAGGAAAAGUACAAGACGUCGGAACGACGGCGUCACUUUGUGGGUGCCAUGCUUCGCGUGCUCUGGCUGGACGUUUUCUGGGUUGGAAUCACCUUCAUCUCUUACUACGCCUCGCUCAUUGCCAGGAUUCCCAUACUCGAGAGCCUGGUGAAUGGUGGCAACCGGACGGAGAUUGGGAACUUGGUCUUCCUCUUUACGGUUACCUGCUUGGCAGAGUUCCUGCUGUCCUGUUACUCGAUGCAGCAGACCCUCGUGUUUGGGAGCCGUAUUCGCUCCAUGCUUCAGGGUGCCAUCUUCAAGAAGGUGACCCGGCUCUCCCCGACGGCGCUGUCCCACACCUCGCCGGGGCAGGUGGCGUCCAUGCUGGCCGUGGACUGCUUCCAGAUCUCCAUGAGCAUGUUUCUGUUCCCCACGCCCCUGGCGGGGAUCCUCUGCAUGCCCGUGCUCCUCUGGCAACUCUCCGUCAGGGUCGGCACCGUUCCCACACUCUGGUGCGCCGCGUGGUUCGUGCUGGUCUUCCUGCUGCCCUUCCCCGCAUCGAGGCUCCAGAAGGCCCUCUGGAUCCGCAACGUGAGGGCACGUGACGAGCGGCUAAAGCGCAUGGGGGAUCUGCUCUCCUCCAUCCGCCUGGUCAAGAUGUACGCCUGGGAAAAGCCCCACCGGGAGAGGGUGGAGGAGGCCAGGGGCGACGAGAUGACCGCCAUGUUCUUCAUAAACCUGCUCGACGGAAUCAUCGACUCUCUCUACAGCGCCAUCAGCUCCGUGUUGAUCAUCAUCGUGUUUGGCACGUUGAGCAUCGUGGACCCCACGCGCACGCUCACUCCCGGAAUGUCCUUCACCUGCGUCUACAUCCUCUCCGUGACGGACAUCAUCAACACUGCGGCGGCCCUCUUUCUCAGGAACAGGAGCCAGGUUUCCUUGGGUCUCCGGAGAAUCGUUGAUUUCUGUACUGAAGAAGAGCAAGGUGAAAGGCCUGUCGUCAGAAAGGACCAUCCAAACAGAGGCACUGUCGCGCUGACAAACUGUUCCUUUGCCUGGACAACCAAGGGAGACGGAAUGGCGAGCGCUGUGCUCAAAGACGUGAGCCUCAUCGUGGAGCCUGGAUCUCUUGUCGGCGUCGUCGGUUUCGUGGGCACCGGAAAGUCGUCCCUCAUAGCCGCCAUCUUGGGGGACAUGCACUGCCUCAAGGGUGCUUCAAACGUCGUGGGUCGCGUGGGGUAUGUGUCCCAGAUGCCGAGCGUGCACAACAUGACCAUCCGUGACAACAUCCUGUACGGGGAGAAGAUGGACAAAGACCGCUACGAGCACGUGCUGGCCGCCUGCCAACUGACGGACGACCUGAAUCGUCUGCCAGCCGGAGACCUUACCGAGGUCGGGGAGAAGGGUGAAACUCUGAGCGGCGGUCAGAAGCAGAGGCUCGCCCUGGCACGUGCCGCCUACAACCAGUGCGACAUCUACUUGCUGGACGACCCCCUGAGUGCCCUGGAUCCCAACGUUGGCAGGAAGGUCUUCCAGAAAGUCGUGAGCAACGACGGCGUCCUUCGAAACAAGACGCGCAUCCUCGUGACCAAUCAGGGGGACCUCUUGUGCCACAUGGACCAGCUGCUUCUUGUCCACGACAACAGGGUGUCCGUCUACUUCAGCGUCGUAGACCUUCUCGAUGACCCCAGGGUCCCCGAAACCAUCCGACUCGCCUUUUCUGCUUCGGUGCACGAGGCCGCCGCUGAGAAAAGCCAGAGUGAAACGAGAGAAACGCAGGAUGAAUCCAAGGGUAAACUGACGCAACAGGAACAAGGUUACACUACAAGGGGUGGCAUACGACUCACAUGGGCGCUGGCCAAGCUGUCGGGGUUCUGGGCUUACCUGGCACUCCUGGCUUUUGUCGGGAGUGGCGCAAUGUACGCCUGGCAGCUGAUCUGGAUCAAGGAGUGGAUGGACGCCUUGCCCGGCGCCAACCUGUCAGAGCACACGGUCUGGGUCAGGGGGCUCCUGGCAAUCUCCCUAGCAGACGUCGUCUUGCGGGCCAUAGGCAGCAGCAUGAUGGCGGCGAGCGCGCGGCAACUCUCCCAGUCGCUGCACAGCGGGAUGCUGAGUUGCGUGCUGUCCAGCCCGGUGUCGUUCUUCGACGCGACGCCGCGCGGCCGCAUCCUGAACCGCUUCUCGAUGGACCUGGACGCCAUCGACAGCCGGAUGUACCUGAGCGGGAAGCAGUGCAUCCAGAACAGCCUGCUCAUGCUCGCCAAGCUCGUCAUCAUCGGCAUGCAGGCGCCCACCGUCUUGAUCGUGGGCGUUGUGGCGGCCGUCGUCCUGGUCAUUUCUACGCGGGUCGCGGUCCACGCCUCCCACGGCGCUCGCUUCUGCGAGAGCGUGCGAACCUCCCGCGUCCUGCAGCACCUGACGGAGACCAUGGACUGCCUGAGCACCAUCCGGGCGUUCGGGGUGGUUGACCGCUUCUGCGACCACUUCUGCCACCUGGUGGACCGCAACAUGUGCGCCUACUCGGCCUUCACAGGCUGCUUCCGCUUCGUCCGGCUCGUCUCCUCGGCCGCCGUGCUCGUCAUCGUGCUGGCGACGGUAGCGCUUGCCGUCCUGGCGACCACUUUCACCGACGGAGACCACUCUCCAAGCGCGGUGGGCCUGACCUUGAGCGCCGCUUUGGCGAUCCCGAUCAGCAUGAUGACCCUGUGCAUCAUGCUCUUCUCGUACCUUCAAACGGUGGUGUCCUUUGAGCGAACCCUCGAGUACACUGAACUGUCCGGCGAGGUGGACGUGGAACCCGAGCCGGAGAGCGUGAGCUUUCGACUUUUUAGGAGGUCCAAUAGGAGCGUCCUCACGAGCCCGGACGGUCCGUGGCCCUCUGACGGGCGCAUCCAGUUCGUGAACUAUUCGGCGUCUUACCGGCCCGGAGUGCUGCCGGACGUCCUCAAGAACAUCUCUUUCACCAUUGAGGCGGAGGAAAAGGUGGGGGUGGUUGGCCGCACGGGAGCUGGAAAGUCCUCGCUGGUUUUGGCAUUGCUCCGCGUAAUCAACAGUUCGGGGGGCAAGAUACGAAUCGACGGCGUGGACAUUGCCCGCAUUCCUCUUCACAAGCUCCGGUCUGCGGUCACGGUCAUUCCUCAGGACCCCAGCCUGAUUCGGGGCAGCCUCCGCGACAACCUGGACCCCUGUGUGAUUUACACGGACGACGAGAUCUGGGAGGCCGUGCGGCAGGCGCACCUCGACGAAGUUGUGCACAAGGACCCUGCGGGACUGCUGCUGGAGACCGGGGACGGGGGAUGCAACCUCAGCGCCGGCCAGCGGCAGCUGGCGUGCCUCGCCAGGGCGAUGCUGCGUAAGCCGCGCGUGUUGGUGCUGGACGAGGCCACCUCAAAGAUGGACGGCGACACCGACCGCCUGAUCCAGGGGGCACUCCGCACGGCCUUUCGGAGGUGCACUGUCCUGACCAUCGCUCACCGCAUCAACACAGUCCUUGACUACGACAAGAUUCUAGUGAUGGGCGAGGGCCGCGUGCUCGAAUUCGGGCCAGUGAGCGAACUGCUUGCCAACCCACACUCCGUGUUCCGAAGCCUUGCCCAAGACGCUGGAGUCCUGAGAUCGACGCAGGAUGGCGACGACAGCUGCACCACCCAGCUGUAGAACACCGCAAGAGUGGCGGUCCUUUUUUUUUAAUUUUUAAUAAAAGAUAUGCUAUUUUUCUUUUUUUUAAAGAAGAUGAUUGGA